AGCACGAUAAAAAUGGAAGGAAAAACCUCUCCAUCAAUGGAGGUCAAUGCUGGGACCCUAUAAGAGGUUUUGUUUGAAUUUCAAGAAAAAAAUGGAAGAGGAACAGGAAAGUGAACCUCCGAAGCCACUCGACUUGUUCUCCUUUCUGCCGUACGCAUGCGGGCAAAUGCAGGCGCCCUUCGAGCUGCAGGUCAUACCCUACACUCAAUUCCAGCCCUCGUUGCGGAGGAGGCGCUCGCGUCGCAGCUCGAGCCUGGCGCGGAGCUCCAUCGCCUCGGCGGCCUCGUUCGGCUGGCGGCGCGGACCCAUCAACAUCAUCGUCGUCGAGGACCUGCUGGGUCAUGUCCUCGAACUGAUAUUUUGGCGCUGCAAAAUGAUUCCUUCUUUGCUUCUCAAGAUCGUUUCUCUGUGCAUCCCCUAUCAUCCGAACUUGAGCAAAAUAUCGGUUCGAUGGGGACCCUUGCGAGGAUUCGGCCUAAAGGAGAUCGUUAAAUUUCUUCCAACAUCCUACCUGACCGAAAUCUGCCUGGACGACUCGCCGAUACCUCAGCGCGACGCCCACACGCUGCUCGAAGCAAGCACGUCGCUGCGGUGA